CAAAAACCCACUCACUAGAAAGACCAAAACACAGUUUGCCCUAAAGCCCUCCCAAAUCGCUUGACGACGACAUCAAUAAUAAUAAAGAGGAGCGCAUAAAACGGCGGCGCAAUGGGCGGACGUGCUGCCGGAACCGGUGGCGGAGUAAAAUCAUCAGCACCAGUAGACAAAGAAGUAGACUACGCUAAUUACUUCUGCACAUACUCGUUCCUCUACCACCAGAAAGACAUGCUCUCCGAUCGUGUCCGUAUGGACGCUUACUUCAACGCCGUCUUCGAGAACAAGCAUCACUUCGCCGGCAAGACGGUGUUGGACGUUGGAACAGGGAGUGGGAUUCUCGCGAUUUGGUCAGCUCAAGCUGGUGCUAGGAAAGUUUAUGCCGUUGAAGCUACUUCAAUGGCUGAUCAUGCUCGUGCUCUUGUCAAAGCUAACAAUCUUGAACAUGUUGUUGAAGUCAUUCAAGGUUCUGUCGAAGAUAUCUCUUUGCCUGACAAAGUUGAUGUGAUUAUCUCGGAGUGGAUGGGAUACUUCCUCCUUCGUGAGUCCAUGUUUGAUUCUGUGAUUUGUGCUCGUGACCGUUGGUUGAAGCCCACCGGUGUCAUGUACCCUAGUCAUGCUCGCAUGUGGUUUGCACCUAUCAAGUCUAACAUGGCAGAUCGGAAGAAGAGUGAUUUGGAUGGGGCAAUGGCGGAUUGGGAUAACUUUUCAGAUGAGAUCAACUACUACGGCGUUGAUAUGAGCGUUUUAACAAAGCCUUUUGCUGAAGAGCAAGAAAAGUAUUACAUACAGACGGGAAUGUGGAAUGACUUGAAUCCACUUCAAGUGAUAGGCACACCUACAAUUGUCAAAGAGAUGGAUUGUUUGACAGCUACCGUCAGUGAGAUCGAGGAAGUCAGAUGUAAUGUAACCUCAGUCAUCAAUGGACAGAACACAAGGCUAUGUGGUUUUGGUGGAUGGUUUGAUGUUCACUUCCGGGGGAGAAAAGAAGAUCCAGCACAGCAAGAAAUCGAGUUGACAACAGCUCCAAGUGAACAGCAUUGCACGCAUUGGGGACAACAGGUUUUCAUUAUGGCUGAUCCUAUAAAUGUUGGGGAAGGUGAUCAUCUGAACCUUGGUUUGGUGAUGAGCCGGUCAAAGGAAAACCACAGACUAAUGGAGGUGGAGCUUGAAUGUGAGAUAAAAGAGGCUUCUGGCAACCCUAAGGAGUCUUUCGAGAAGACCUAUUUCAUAGAAUGAUCAUUACAGAAACUCCCGUGAUGAGCUCUUUUGGUGGUUCUUGUAUCCAAUGCAUGAACCCGCGUGCAAUGUUGUUAUACUAUUUGCUUCUAACUUUUUUUAUGUAACGAGCAAUUUACAUUGGUAACUUAAAACUGUCUUUACAAGGCUGGCUGUUUUUUUAAAACAGAUUUUGAUAGUUUAGUAAAACUUGCUUGAUUGUUA